AUGAGUGAGAAAGAUCCUUUCAAGGAUCUUACCUUUUCUGGUGCGCCGUCAGAGUAUCGGUUAUUCAGGAGGAAGAUCUUGCUGAGUGUGGCAUCUCUUGAGGAGAAGCAUCUGUACCUAGCCGGCCCACGUAUCUUGAAUCGACUUCAAGGUGAGGCCUGGCGGGCGACUGAGCACCUCUCCAUCGGCGAGCUGCGCACUGAGCAAGGAUGGCUCAAAGUCCUGAGGGCCCUGGAUGAUCACUACAGGUACCUCCCGGAGACUGAGCUGAAUGAGUGUGUGGAUGAGUGUCUUUUCCAUCUCAAGCGUCGGGGCAAUGAGGGCCCGACCGCUUUUGUGUCGCGCUUCAAGGCGGUGCUUAGCAGGCCGGAGACUCUGGUGGCGGCUGAAUGUGCCCAACAGAAGGGCUCGACCAAGCGCCGGAGGCCUACCGACAAGCACGCCGACAGUGAAGCCGAGCAGCAAAGUAGCAGCCUGAGCUCGGACCAUGCAGCUGAUGAUGACGGUGACGACGAGCCCAGGCUGACCAGGGACCGUGUCGACCAGGCGGCAGCCGCUUCAGAUCCAGCGGCUACAGCAAAGACGGUUGGCAGCUUCAUCGACUCGGUCAAGGGGAAGAAGAAAACACCUGCCUCCGGCGGCGGAUCCCAUCGGAGCCGAGGCACGCAUCGUGCCGACGAAGAGCGGGCGAACCGCCGCAUGCUGGAAGACCUCGGCAAGCUCGAGGUUGGGCACCUGCGUGUGAAGCCGAUCUUUUUCGAGGUGAUCCUGGGCCACUUGUUCAUGAGGAAGUAUGGCCUGACCAGAGAGCAAAGGAGCCAAGUGAUAAGGUCUACGGGGGGCUCCUGCAAGUUCAAGGAUGUAGAGAAGGUUAUCCGUGCUUCCGACUACGAAGACAAGAUGAAUGAACCAGGCACCCGACAUGCCCCGCCUCGGCAAGGUCGCUCCACACAUGUUCUUGCCGCCGAAGAAGGAAGCAGCCUAAGUGAGCCCACCUACUCCGACGAUGAAGAAGUACAUGAGGCUGCUGAAAGCUUCGACGAAGAGGGCGACGAGGAACUGGAAGAAGCUUAUGAAGUUCAGAAGCAGGCUAAGCACGAGGCUAAGAGAGCCUACCGGUCCUACAGAGAUCAAGAAAGAAAGGCAGCCCCACAUGCCAGUGGUCGCCUUGCCGCCCAACGCGUCAGCUCCGAGUGA